GAUAGUAACUCUAAUGCUGAAUACAAGGUAACAGAAGUGAGGAGCCUAGUGGGAGGUGAACAUCACUUUGUUCUACUAGGUGCAGAUGGACAGAUAGGCAUUGCUGAGGUGGAGGAGAGGGUGCUUGCGUACCGAGUUGUCCCACUGUCAGCACAGGCAUGUCAGGUGUCAUGUGGAAAGGAGCACACUCUGGUGCUUACAGACACUGGACUGGUUUAUAGUUUUGGACUUGGAAGUCGAGGGCAGUUGGGACAUGACUCAACAGACCAAGAAGUGCAACCCAAGUUGGUAGAUGCUCUGGACGGCCUCAAGAUAAUAGCAGUUGCAGCUGGUGGGUGGCAUUCUUUGGCACUUAGUGACAUAGGUGAUGUUUAUACCUGGGGCUGGAAUGAGAGUGGACAGCUAGGCCUCCCCUCUCUGAAUAGGAUCAGUGCGAAUAAGGAGGUAACACCAUCUCAGACAGAAUGCUCCGCUGCGCUGGAUUCCACUAAAGACUAUAAUGGCUCUGACAGUUUGGUAGAAGAGUCCUUUCCUCCAGGACAACCUCAUCGCAUGGAUGCCUUAUUGAAUAAUGAGGAAGCCGUUCUGAGUCAGGGCAUUAAAGUGAGUGUGCCACAAACAACCAAUGAUGAAGUUACAGAAGACGCAUCAGAGCUAGUCAGCAUGGACAGUAUAGAUGUGGUUUCGCCGACCGCUGACUUUGCCAGGUGUGACAUGAAGCAAUUGCAGUUGAAACAGACAGCGAUAGUCUUCCAGUGUGUGCCUACACUCUUGGACUUUCCCGGAUCUGAUGAAAUACUGGUGACAACAAUUAGCUGUGGAUCUCGGCACUCCGCCCUAGUAACAGAUAAAGGAGAACUCUAUACUUGGGGCUGGAAUGACUACGGACAACUUGGUCAUGCAGACACGAUCACCCAGCAUGAGCCUAGACGAGUCAACUAUUUCACGGAGCAUGAACUUCUCGUACGGGAUGUCACGUGUGGGUACUGGAACACCAUCGCUUCCGUUGAAACCAAUGUGAUAGAGUAGGUGCUGAUAGAUUUGUGUAUAUAAUCAGCAAUCACUGUCACAUAAAGAAUAUUUUUUAUUUGAUGUUUAGUAAGGCACCAAGUUGCCACAAAAGAACUGACGAUGUUAUUAUAACAGAAAUAUGUUUCUCAACUUCCAUUUGCCCUCAAUUUCCUUUAUAAUAUUGUCUACUGUAUUAUAAAUAUCAGUGCCAAAGUGGAAAGUGAAUAUUUGCUGAUAUCCGAGGUGGUGUAAAAACGCAUUUUGUUGAAUUGCUCCAAUGUAUGAUAGGCAUGUGAAAGUUAUUGAUACAACGUGAAUCAUUGAAUCCGUACAACAGUUUAAAUUACUAUAAAGAGCCAUUUCAAUGGUUUGGAUAGGUUGAAACGAAGAACAGGUGGAAAGAUGCUAAUGUAGAGGAAAUUGUGGGAAAUGAGGUAUUUGUGGAGAAAGAGGAGUAGGAUGACACAGGGAAGAGGCAAUUAACUAGGAGAAGAAAUUGAGUGGGGUAGGAAAUAGGAUGAGAGGAGAUGGAGAUGUAGAAUGUGGAAAAGAACUAUAUAGACAUUAAUUUAAACGUUGGUGAGAAUUGUAAGUCUUGGUAAUUGGUGAAACAAAAUCAUACUCUUCCUUCAUUUAUCUACAUUCUUCUUAUCCAUGUUUCAUCAUCUUACACCUCAUGUUCUUCCACUACUUCCCACCUUCUCUUCCACCCCUCAUUUUUAGCUCGCCUUGACAUCGUCAAGAUGAGCUAUUGCCAUGGGGUGUCGCACGUCCGU